CCGGGGAGCGACGCUGCCGGAUUCCCCUUGCAGCCAAGGCAGGCGAGAGGAGGACGAGGGUCGGCACCUGGAGUGGGAAGGGCACUAAAUGAGAAUAUGGCCAAUGGCAUUGAAGAUCUUAUCGGGAUCCCAUUCCCGAACCACAGCAGUGAAGUCUUAUGUGGUUUGAAUGAGCAGCGGCAUGAUGGUCUCCUCUGCGAUGUCAUCCUCAUUGUAGAGGACCAGGAGUACCGGACCCAUCGGUCCGUCCUUGCUGCCUGCAGCAAGUACUUCAAAAAACUCUUCACUACUGGCACUUUAACAGACCAGCCCUAUGUUUACGAGAUUGACUUUGUCAAGCCUGAAGCACUUUCUGCCAUCCUCGAGUUUGCCUACACCUCAACCCUCACCAUCACCACCUCAAAUGUCAAGCACAUCCUCAGCGCUGCCAAGAUGCUGGAGAUCCAGUGCAUUAUCAAUGUAUGCCUUGAAAUCAUGGAGCCCGACAGAGAGGCAGAAGAGGAAGAUGACAAAGAGGAUGAAGAUGAUGAUGAAGAUGAAGAUGAAGAUGAGGAGGAAGAGGAGGAGGAGGAAGAAGUGGAAGAUUUUGUCAAUCAGGAGAACCUAACCGACGUCCAAGAAGUAAGCUGUCACCAAAGCCCUUCUAAGUCUGAUCUUACCGAAGAAGCAUAUACAGAAACACCUAAAGACUUUCCAAAUCACUACCCAGCCAAUAAUUCCUCUGGACACUUGGGCGUGAUACGAGAUUUCUCCAUUGAAUCCUUGCUGAGGGAGAACUUGUACCCUAAAGGAAACAUCCCAGAAAGGAGGCCAGCUCUCUCUCCUUUCACUCCUAGCUUCUUCCCCCAUCUGUGGAACAGCGAUUUUAGCUCCUUCUCCCAGCUCGAGGAGCCCCAAGUAGACAACGGCCCCUUGGAUCUGGUGAUCAAAAAGAGGAAGAUCAAGGAAGAGGAGGAGAAAGAAGACCUGCCUCCGCCUCCUUUCCCUAAUGACUUCUUCAAGGACAUGUUUACCAACACCCCAGCAGCUCCCUUAGGGCAUAUUAAGGCAGAGGCUGACUAUAGUGCUUAUCUCAAUUUCCUAAGCGCUACCCAGUUUGGAGGAGUUUUUCCCCCGUGGCCCCUGGAGGAAGAGAGGAAGAUAAAGCCCAAGGCGUCCCAGCAAUGUCCCAUCUGUAACAAAGUCAUCAUGGGAGCCGGCAAGCUGCCCAGGCACAUGAGAACCCACACGGGAGAGAAGCCCUAUAUGUGCAAUAUCUGUGAAGUCCGCUUUACCAGGCAGGACAAGCUCAAAAUCCACAUGCGGAAGCACACGGGGGAGCGUCCGUACCUGUGCAUCCACUGCAACGCCAAAUUCGUGCACAACUACGACCUGAAGAACCACAUGCGCAUCCACACGGGCAUCCGGCCCUACCAGUGCGAGUUCUGCUACAAGAGCUUCACCCGCUCCGACCACCUCCAUCGCCACAUCAAACGCCAGAGCUGCCGGAUCGCGCGGCCCCGGCGAGGGCGCAAGCCGGCGGCGUGGAGAGCGGCCGGCUUGCUCUUCGCUCCCGGCGGCCCGCCGGUGGAGAAGAGCUUCGUGAUGCCGCCGACGUUGGAGGAGAUGAGCAGCCACCUCAGCGGCGCGGCCAUGUGCCUUCCCGGCCCCAGCCCCAAGCACUUUUUGAGCGGGGCCAAGACCCCCUUCAGCCUGCAGGAGCUGGAGAGCCAGUUCGAAGAAACCCAGAUGAAGCUCUUCAGGCGAGCCCAGCUGGACAUGGAGAGGAACGCGGGCAUCUUCGCCUUCGCCCUGGGCCAUAACGAAAACCUCGCUGCCCAACCCUUCUUCCCCCUCCCCGAUCCUUGGAGCACGGGCUUCAGCGGCUUGGCGGGGCUCGGCCACGUGGCUCCCAUCUCGGAGACGAGCAACUAACCCGUGUCUGGUCCCACCAUGGGUCGGCUCCCUUCCCAGCAGGGCACCCGGCUCCCUCAGGGUCCCUGCCUGUCCUUUUGCAUCAUCUGGCUCCCAAGAAUCCCUUUGUCCCCUCGCCACCGUGGCCUGCCGUGGGGUGAGCGGGUGGGUGGGCGAGCGGGUGCCGCGCCCCAUGGCCACCGGCACUUUAGGCUCUGCAAUGCGCUUGGCUGUGGGGCUGUGGGGCACUCGCUGCCCCAUCCAGCCGCCCACCACUCGUGGCUCAGUCUGGGAAGGCCAGGCCAGGACUGCUGCUCUCCUCAACGCUCCCGAAAAUGUCAAUUGCCUUAGUCCAGGGCAUGGCCAUCACCACGAGAUGGCUCUUCUGGGGGAGAUGUUCCCCAUUUUCCACCCAUGGGGCCCGCUGGACACCGACAAACUGUCCAGAUUUGGUUUUGAUACAUUACAUUCCUUGGCCCUUGUGGUCAAAAGGACUUUUGUUUUGUUUUAAAGUGAUUCCCAUGUCUGGCAACAAAAUUUAUUCUGCAAGGGAUGAAGAGGAGGGUCAAGCAGCCACAUUGGGAAGGGGAGGAUCCCAGCUGUUGCCUUUCGCAGCAGUGUAUCAGAUUUGCAGGACUGGUGAAAGCCCUGCUGUGAAGGACAAGUUGGGACCCUAAAAAGAUCCAAAAAACCAGACAUAGAAAAUUACCCAGGAGCAAAGCUGAGUGGAAAGGGGGUUUUUUACUUUGGUUCUUCGGCCAUUUCAAAAUUUCAGAAGGAGAACCAAAGCCUAUUUUGAGUAUUUUAACUUCAGUUGCUUGAAAAGGUGAAGGAAACUUUUUGGUAGGAUCAGAAAGGUUUUGAUUAUGAACUUUUAUUAAACCUUUGCUUUGCAAAAGCAAACUAUAUGGGGAUUUUGAAAUGAAAAAUUCGUUUCAAACCAAAGAGUCAGAAUUCACCGCUGCUGACUAUUCUGAAAUGUAUGGGGGUUUGUCCUUAAUUCCCCCUACUUCCUGUAUAUAUUUUGAUGAGAAAAAUCUACAAAACACUUGAGUGUUCCCGAAUCUGCAAUGUCUAUGGUAAAAAAAUCAGGUGUGCAAAUAUCCCUGCUGCUUGUCUCAAGGGAUCUUUGUGGAAAAGAAGUCCACUAAAGAUGUCUUGCAGAUGAGAUUGUCUACUUGCAAGCAAGUAGAUACACUAUUUCUUCACCAUUUGUUGGUUCAAAAGAUGAGGCAGUAACAUACGAUGGGGUGCUCCAAGCUGAGGGUUGCCCAUGGUGGCCAACGGGUCUGGGGUCCUCCCCAGCAUCGCUGCAGACCCUGGCUUGGUCACCCCUAUCUAAUAUUUCUUUAGAGGCCCCAAAAUUGGCAGGUUGGCUGGAAUCACCCCAUUGGCCUCCUUUGGCCCCUAAAAACAUGAGCUACUCUUGAAGAUAAAGGCUUUCGAUGGCCACCUGCCUCCCAACAGCUCCUCCUAGCUGUGGUGGGACACCAGUUUCACCACUGGCUGAGAUGACUUGCGGUGGGUUCUCUGAGAAGCUGGUUUUUCAUGAAACCAGCACGUGAAAAUGUAAAUGUUACAAAUUAGGGCUUUUUCUUUCUCUUUUUACUGUUACCUUUCAACAUCAUCAGAAUCAAAGGGAAUGAGAGGACUGUGGGUUCAUAUAAUUUUUUGGUUUGCCCAUCAAUGAGUGGUACCGCUCUGAAGCGGUGACUGGAUGAGGGUCUCCCCCACCAGAGUAUGGUGGGGCACAGGGGGUCCAGGAUGGCAUGUCCCCCAUGAGGGCAUGAAGGACUUCUGCUCUGAGACCAUCUGUAGCAGAACGACCCCCAGAAUGGCCCAAAUCUCUCUUCCUCCUUCAAAAAGAAAUUCACAAAGACUCCACGUGCAACAAGUCAAUGGAGGGGAUCAAAAAAAAAAAAAAAGAAAACUUCUUUAAAGUGCAUCAAACAUUUUUUUUUUUUUAAAUCCAUAUCAACUUCUUACACAAGUGACAUUUUGCAGAUGACUGGUUACUUCAGGUGUUUUUUUUGUCUACGAUUUGGAGUCAUUGUAAAGUAUCCAAAGAUGCUGAGUACUGUAUAAUCUAUAAGGACUUGAAGCAAGGUGGUUUUUCUGUCUUGAUUUGUUUGUUGGGUUGGUUGGGGGUUUUUUUCCUAUUUGUCUAGGUGGGAAAAACCUUUGCAAUUUUUCUAUUUAUAACUAUUUUUAUGUGAUUGCUUUAUGUACAAAACAAUGGAAAAAAAAAUCAAAACAAAAAAGGAGAGAGAAACACACACACACACAAAUUUGCCUUAGUUACUCACAGGACAAUCACCCUUAACUUUCAUUGAUGCUAGAAAGUGAAUGGAAAAAAAGAGUCUAGAGCCUUUUAUGUAUUUAUUAAAUUGUAUUAAUUGAUGCUUUUAAAUUAUUAGCAGGACUUGGUUCUCUUGCCCUGGCCACGCCGAGAAGGCUAAGCCGCUGCAGAUGCUGAGCUGCCUUCCUGCUCGGGCCAGCGUGGCCAUCCUCAUGGCCUCAAGUCUACAGAUUUUUGCCGGACACACAAACUCAUUGCUUUCCAAAGGCACCUUUUGGAAAGCCAAAAUAAUCACAUGUUAAUUAAGCAUCUAGCUGGUAUGGGCUCCAACCUGAGGGGGCUGUUGGCAUUGCGAUGCUGAUGCUGAUUAAUGAGUUAAGGUUGAUUUUCCUGUGUUGCACUGGGUUGGGUUGGAUGGAGCCAGGUGCUGAUGGCGAUCAUGUUUUGGGGUGGGGAGGGAGGACUAGAGAAAACCCUAUUUCUUCCCAUUUUGAUGUUGUGUGGUGGCUCCAGGCCACAGGUAUCCACGUGGGAGCCCAGCUAAGUGUGGAGGUGCCUUCCCGGGGCUCGGAUCCCCUUCCCCAGCCAGGACAGGCGUGAUGAGCACCAAGCCUCGGGCGGGGGGGACGCAGGGCUCGUUCCCAGCUCACGGCGUGGUGGCUUCUUGUUCAUCUUCUCACCAUGGCUCCUAGGGCCUGGCUGCAGCACUGGGCUGCAGCCAGAGCAGGGGGGGCAGCAGGGCCGGGGGGGGUUUCUCCCCCUCUGCUCCGCUCU